UCGAUUCGUCGCUGUUUCACUCGAGCUUCCAUUGUUCCCAAAAUUCGCUGUCAUUUUCGUUCAAAAUUAUAGAUCAAGUAUCGUCCUAGAACCCACACACAUAACUACCCACACAACCUUUUGAAAAUUCCAAUUGACCGUGUCAAAAUUCGAAGUGGAACGUUGAACAAAAUUCGUGUGACAAGAUUUCAUCCGAAUUCAGCGUACAAUGAACGGAUUCAAGACUUUGGUAUUGCAAGAUCUCACUCAUGUCUUGCCAUCGAAGAGCCUCCCGAUAUCAGCCAAGCUGCCGCCCUGCAAUCUGCACACCGCGGCCGGGUCGCGUCGAUUCUGGAACUUCUUCGAAUUCGCCAGCAAGGACGAAAUUCCGACCUCCGAGCAAUGCCACGCCAAGGACAUGAUCCCUCCCGAGCAGAUAUCAUGCGACCUGGACGAAAUCUCGAAGACCGCGCCAACGAUUCCAACGGUAACAGCGAUGACUUCGACGUCCAUAAACCCUAGAUCGCGCGGACGCCAGCAAAAGCUUCGGGAAUCGCUCCCAAAUUGCUGGAACAAGCCGGAGACCUUGAAAGAGGACAGCAUAAUGUCCUUGCUGGACGGUAGCCCCGUCCCGAAGACAAUGAAAUGGAAACUGACGGGUUACAAGACGCUGCGACGCCAGUCGAUCGACGACUUCGCGUUCGUGCCGGGCGGCAAACCGACCGUCGACGUGGACUUCGUCACUGCGACCACGUCCAAACUGCCGAAAAGCAAAUCCGCCAGCUUUUCUCGCAAGCCUGCGCUCCGUGCGACCGACAAUGAAGCGCGGGACGACAUAAUAACGACGACGAAAGCGGUCGCGGCGGAAAAACGCGCGCCGAUUGCGCUGAAAAGCGAAACCGCGGCGAGCGACGGACCUGUUAGCAUGAAAAAAGAGUCGCAGAGGUUCGAACAUGAAGAUCCGAGUAAUAUGAAGCCUUCGCCGAAGGCGGAAAUUGAGAAUUCCGCGCCGGAGCCGGGCUGCGCCUCGAAGAUCAUUCCUCCGACAGCGAAGCUCUCGAUCCCCAUGGCGGAAACUAUCAAGUUCCUGCCGAUCCCGAAGCCGGAUCUGCCGAUUAUUUCGUCGAAGCAUCAUCAGUCGACGGCUCAGUAUUCGUCCCAGCCGUGGGACGGUUCCGAUAAGUCCCAAAAAGCACCCCAGAAGGGUGAACAGCGAUCAAAGUCGCCCUUCGACAGCCAAGAUCCGGAGCAUCGAAUGGAAACCCUGCCUUCAAACGCGCUCCCUGCAUCCCCGCGACAGUUUUAUCCCGCGGAGACGACGCAGUCCUCUUGGAAAACGGAGGCGGAACGCGACAAUCGCGUUUACCCUGCGGAAACCGCAGUAAACACAGCGUCGGAGUCGCGGUGGCCCAAGCAAAGGCUGUCUUCCGUGCCGGAGGUGGACCUUGACGUCUCCCAGGAUCGUGCAGCGACUGUUCCACGGAGUUCUUCUAGGCAAACAGAGGCUGGCAGACUUCAGGAAGAGGACUCGAGGCAGUUCGCGCCGGGUGCAUGGCGGCAGACGCGUCCGAUCGACGCGACGCAGAGCCGCUAUCAGAAGCAGUCGGACUUCAAGAGCAUGCAGGGCGUCUACGAAUCCAUGGGGAUCGCAGUUAGGGAGGGUCCGCAGUUGAAUAUCUCGGCUCCAGAGCCGAGACAUCAAGCUAGAACGUCGCCGUGCGCGGCGACCCAGGCCAGGAUGCGACAAGAUGGCGGGCCAGGCCGCCAGCAAAGCCGGCAGGCCAGGAUGCGACAAGAUGGCGGCCAGCAGGGCGGCUCUCGCGGCUUCGACGGCGGAUCCUCGAUGCAGGGGAAUGGCGGAGGGUCGAAGAAACCGCCUGCUGCUUUUCCUCCGUUCACCAGCCGACGAGCAUCGUCGUCGAACAGCUCCGUAAUUAACAAAUCUCUUGAUUCCGGAGCGACGAAAUCUCUUGGUUCUAAGCCGGCGAAGGUCCCAGCGGCGAAUAUCUCGACGGAGGGUGCGAAAUCGGCGCCCAAGGAGCGCGACGAAUGCGACCAGAUGAUCCCUGGCAAGGAGAUCUGCACCAAGCCGAGGGAGGACAGGUGCUCGAGGGGAAGGCCGGACGAUUGCGGCGGCGGUUGCGACGGCGGUUGCGGCAGGAAGUCGAAGAAACCGUGCAAGCGUUACUGCUGCCCCGCGCUGCAAGUCAAUGCAGAUUGCGACUGGGCCAGGAGCCAGUGUCCUGGGAAGCAGGGGGUGAACGUUUGCAACGAGAAGGUCGACGGCAGGCCGAAGAACGACCCCACGUGCUUGCCGCCGAGGCCUGAGGACGAGACUUGCAAUUUUGGGAGGCCCGAGGCUGCGAGGCAGGCCUGCGAUGAUCGGAGGAGAUGCGGGAGGAGGGAGAAUAAGUGCGAGAGAAGAGAGCGAAGCUGCGACCGACAGUGCAGUCAACGUCAGAGCUGCAGCCGCGAGCGUCGGAGCUGCGAGCGCCGUGAAAGGUCCUGCGAGAAACAGGAGGACCGCGGUCAGGAGGCCCGUGAAAUCUGCACGAAACCGCGGCAGCGAAGAUCCUGCGAGCGCGACAGAGAGCCGUCGUGCGAUCGUCGCAGGACUAAUUCCUGCGAUCGUCGCAGGACUAACUCGUGCGAUCGUCGCAGGGCUAAUUCGUGCGAUCGCGACCGCGGAUCGGCGAAGUGCAACAGAAGGAAUUUCACGCAAUCGGCGCACACGAGGCGGCCGAGCGGACGCGGACGGGUCGAUCGAUCCUUCUCGAUGACCGCAUUAGGCUUCUCGAUGCUCGGCGCGAAGGACAGAGAGAACAAGGGUUCUCUGUUCCGCGUGCCGAUGGGCCGAUUUUACGGGAAGGAUGAGGACCCAUCGUGCGACAAACCGACGAGUUCCAGGCAGGUGAAGUGCAGGAAGCCUCCGGCCAAGUGUCUGGAUAGAUCGGCGGAGGGGAAACGCGGGACCGAGACGAAGUGCAAGACCGAGACGAAGUGCGGGACUGAAAGCAAGCGGAAGAAAGAGCAAAAGCUGUGCCGGACGACGUGCGGGAAAGCGGAGAAGAAAGAAAGUUGUGCUUCCGAGGCGAGCGACGGCGAUCGGUGCGCUAAACGGAGACAACAGAUCUGUAAAAGUGCGAGAUCGUCCGCGGAGAAGGAGUCCGAGAGCGCGAAGGACCGCGUGGAAAGGGAGCUGAAGGAGAUACAGAACUGCAAGAAACACAUCGGCGGCCGUGACAAGGGCCGGGGGAAAGGGGAGAAGAGAGCGGAGCCGGCGAGCGGGUUGCAGCGCGCCGUCAGCCCUUGCAAAAGGAGGUCGAGCGAGGAGACCAGCGGCUGCGGGAAAACCCUUUGCGCCCCGACGAAUCGCAUCCCCGGCGCGGCGACCUCGUUGUUCGUCAAGCCGGAGAACGAUUUCACGUGCAACACUGUUCCCGAUCGAUUGUUCUCCUCCGCCACGUGGACCAAUCGAGCCGAUCAGUUCGCCGGGGAGAACGAGCCCGAUUUUCGGCGAGACGAUCACGCGAGCUUCGCGAGCGACGACAGCGUUUUCGCCGACAGCGGGGCCUUCACCGGCAUCCCUCAGCGACAAGAGCAUGGCAGCGACGAUGUUUCGAUGUCCAACAACUGGUUCCUGUCGUGGUUCCAGUGAUUCGAAACUGUGACGAAAGGAAAAUUCGCCGCCGGUUGUUUUUUCGUGCCGUCGAGAGUGCCCUCGGUCCCGCGGAAGUAGCGAAAAACGAGACCGGAGAAGGGUUAGGUUGCGACGAGAAGCGGGUCCCACGUCAAUCAAGAGGAGAGAAGGACGACGAGAAGGUUCGUGAAAAGGGCCCCGGCGACGUCUUGGUCUCGUCAUACUCCUGGACAAGGAUGCGCCGGGCAAUCUGGCGGACACUCGUUAUUUUCGAAGGCGGGCGCUCUUGUUUUUCCAAAAGGUCCUUCCCAAGUCUGUGAAAACAAUGUGUUCCUCGUCCACCCCCGUGUUCGACUUCUUGCCGCCGCGGCCGACGCUGAAAAAACACGUGUGAGAACAUUCUGCGGCCACGGAGUCCGGAUUCCGUCGCGCCUCAUUGUGAAUGCUUUUCUUCUUCUUUGUUUCGUCGCGACUUUUAAUACCCGAUUAACCCCUUAACGCACAGUUUUUCUUUUUUUUUGUUGAAAAAAACCGGCCAAAAAGAAUCAAUUUUUUAAA